CGCUUCUAUCCUCUCUACGUUGCGCUUUGGUUGGUACGGUCUGCUCGGAAAUUGUAAGACAGAAAGAGGGCUCAAAAUCUGAUUUCUUUAUUGUUUCGAACUAGCCUGAUACUGCUUUCAGACGUCCGAAGUCGGUCGAACGGGCGACAACGUGUUGACCGUCACAAUGCAAGGUGUCUUUAUGAAGAAAGACUCCGAGUCGGUGGAAGUGCUGAAGGAGAAAUCGUCCUCUGAGAAAGAAGUGGAAGAAAAAUGGACAGCGAUCGCGUUCAGUAACAAGAGAAAGCUCGCAGUUAUCCCCGUCUGGCUUUGGGUAGUUUUAGUAUUUGCGUUCCUGCUUUUUGUGGCUGGAUUAGUCUGUGUGAUUCUAGGUGCAACAAAAUCAACAACAACGUCCUGUGUCACGACGACUGCAGAACCUGGGAAGUCUGCUGGAGCGGCUCAAAUGUGCCUGUAUUCCGAAGAAGCAAAGCGAGCAAAACUGCGCCAGUUUUUAAAGCAAGUGCAGACCGAGUACUAUGCUCUGAAUCCGAACAGCGUGGCUUGGCAACCAGAUAUUGAAGAACCUGAUGAGCAUGUAAAGCAAAGGUACUGUAGCUUGAGUAAUUUAAAACUUAAUAGAGAUUACUAAUGUUUGUGUAAGCUUAAAUUAAAAUAAUACAAAAAUUUGUUCACGCUGCGCGCCCUAGCUUUUGGAUGUACUCUUGAUGAGUCCGUGUAUUUCCUUACUGUUCCUUCUUUAACCACGGCUUAAUUAAGAGGUAAUUGUUACGGAGAAAACCUGGAUGACACUUGUCUGCUAUUCAUUAAUAUGUUCAAAGAACAAUGAGACGAUUAGAGGGGAGGGCGACUUUAAUUUAUGCAGUGAAAAACUAUACUUCCCUGUACAAGGCCAAGUCGCUGCUCCACGCUAUACUGUGAUUUAAGAAGGUUAGGUGGAAGAAGCCCAGUGGAGUUCACUGCUCCUGUUGGGUUACGCAACAGAGUUUUAUAUAAGGACGCUCCUACCUCUUUCCUAUACAUGAUCUGUUGACAAAUGGUACCGCUUUCACAUACCUAGUUAAGAACAGUGCAUCUACUUUGACUGCUCUAAAUGCAUUGCAUGUCUUUUAAAGAUGAAUAACUCACAUAUCCAGGAAGUAUUCUUGUCUUUUUCACAGCCAUAAAAUGCGUCUGUUAGUCCUUUUGGGUCCUUUUACAGACUGAAAUGGCAGAUUUCUCCAUCCAUUUAUAUAUUUCAACUAAUAAAUCCCUACCGUUUUGUAUACCUGUAGGCUGCAAAAGGUCCCCAUUUCAGGCUGGGGCUUCCAUGUAUGGGCUAUGAUAGGGAGUACUCUGGGGGGGGGCGGGUGCUGGGGGUCUGAUAGUGGGAAGGUAAAAAGAUGAAAAUAAAUAUGACCUGAAAAGUUUGUCAGAAAGGUAUGUCAGUAAAUAGGUUAAAGCAGAGGGGGGUCAAAGACUGGCACACAAUAAUGCCUUUUAUUGCACUAGCUUGCCCAUGUCUCCUCUAGGUAAUGCCUCGUUAUUAAAACACGAUUAAGUUUGUUCUCAAAGUUAAUCCAUAAUUUUAUCUGUACUUUACUGCACUUCAGCAACAUAUGGCAAAUUUAAGUAAUGUUCAGGUUUUUUUCACUUCCAUCCUUCAACGUAAUGGACCUCUCUGGAAAAAAGGAAAGUUUGCCCUCAGUUGGUCCAAAAAGUCAUGUCUGUUGGUUUUGAUAAAAAAAAUCAAUCCAUUUUGUUUUUAUAUUUUGCAAGGAUCAUUGGUAGGCACCUCACCUCACGUAACAAAUGGGUAAAUUUUUGACAUACAUGUUAUUGAAAAGAUUAGCAAUAUUAUUUUAAUGGUACUGGACUUUUUCAAUGUAGCAGUGGACCAGGCUUUUUCAUUAUCCCUAACAUCUUUUAGAAUUGUUGUGGAUGAGGAAUUAGUUGUCCCUUUUAGCAAUAUUUUGUUGACAAUUAGUUUCAUUUAUUGCAGUUUUAUUCUAAAUUACUAUUGGAUGAAAGUCAGUGACCAUAUACAGGUCGCUAUCUCAUGCGUAGACAUUGAUUAUAUUAUUUUUUAUGUGGGAACCAAUGUAGGUUCAUUUUGUUGAUUGACAGUUUGAUUUAAGUGCAUCAGAGUGACCAUGCAAGGCUGAUUUUGUAGGAAAAUUUAGUUCUGGCAGUUUCUUUGGUGUAUACUAGAACUUGAUCCAUUCCUUAAAACAUGGUUUUAAAGUUCAUUUUUUUUGUGCAUCUCACUGAAGUACAACUAUAAUUGAUACCUUUUCUCCCCUGUAGCUUCUUGAAAUCAUCCUUAGAAUUCCUCAUUUUAGGGGUUUUGCAUCUGGUCAAUUUAACAGGAGCCAUUUUUGUUGUUAAAAUGUUGCUUUCAAUUGAAAACUUCAGUUUUAUUUAAUGAAAAUCCUUAUAUCCUACUUCAUUAGAGUAUAAUCAGGAAUUUUUCUUUUUUGGGGUGGAUUCUAGGAGGACUCAGGGUCAUGCUAUGAUAUUUUUAGCCUCAAGUUGGACAUUAACUUAAAGGCGGGGCUUAUUUGAAAAAGGGCUAUAGUUAUCUUGAGCAGUAUAUACCUGCCAAGUGUCAUGCCUAAGGUGAGAUUGUCACGCCUGUGGAUUGAAAACUUCGAUCUCGACCUACUCAUGCCUGUGUUCAAAUUUCUCACGCCUGGUAGAAAAGUUCGAACCAUUACAGCAUUAACUUACACAUUUUUGAAAAAUGUAUUAAUAAUUUAAAGAAACUGGAACCAAUGAGAGAAAAGUCCAGGUGAAUGAUUGACUUUCUCUGAAUUCUCAUAUUUUAGUAGGGAAAGUCACUGGAGAUAGGGUCGCGUUCUUGUGUUUGUGUUAGACGGAACUCUUCGGAACAGAACGUCUUCGGACAACUUCGGAUAUUAUCGGAACCCUUCAAAAAAUCCUGGCACUCUCAGGAGGAAAAUGUCAUGCCUAUAAAUUAAAAAAAAGUUGGCAGGUAUAGCAAUACAAUAAGUGUUAAGCCCCUGGUUCUCUUUAAAAUAAAACUCAUUUUCACAAGACAGGUCUUGCACUUGGCUUCAUCUUGAAAGUGAGGGUCUUGGAGCCCAGAAAUGGCCUAUUUUUGAUGGAAUAAAAGUUAAUACAUUUUUUUCCAUCACAAAAGGAGGAAAAUUCCCAAAAAACUGUCAGUUCGCACUGAUUAAUUUGUUGUUUGAUUUCAGGUACUUCCCUUAUAACCCAGAUCCAGCACAACUGAAGAAGAAAACAGACAGAGCCUUAGAGCUACUUAAACAAAUAACAAGUAUUAAGAUUGACGAAAACAAAAUGAAGCCAAGAGAAGUGAAAGCCCUUGUUCAGGUAUUGGGUGUGUUUUAUAAAUUAGCUGAGAGACUGAAGGACUGUUUGUCCUUAUUUUAUGUCAAAUUGCUCACCCCUUCCCUGCCUGAUACAAAGUUCCAUGAGUUUUUGAUAUGUUUGAUUUAAUGGAGUAAUCAUCCCCUAAAAUCAUUUGCAAUGGCUACAAUAUGUGCUCAUUAAAUAGUUUAAACAUACAGCUUAAAUGUUUAAGGUAAAAACAGUUGCAGGUCGAAAUGAAAUCCAUGCAGGUUAAAACUGUUUCAAAAUACUUUUUUUUAAUUUACUUACAGUAUUUAUUUAUUUAUUAUUAUUUUUUUGCUUUACCUUUGGAGAUAUUAGCAUUAGUUUGAUGCUAUUUUUUGAAAUUGAAAGUAAAAUAAAGUUUUUGAUUUGAUUUGAUUUGAUUUGAUUCCUCAGUGUCCUGUCUCUUGGGUCUAAAAUAGUCAUUGUUACUACAAUGGAAACUGAGAACCCGUCUCGGUCAAAACGUACCAUUUUAACCUAAAUUUCAUGUUGACUCACAACAUCAUACACUGUCACAAGUUAUGGUAGUCAAUUUUCUGAGUCAUUAAGGGACUUGAUUUAUGACCUCCAUUUUAGAAACCAAAGGUGCCAAAUUGAAUUUUGUCUCAUAAUUCUCCUCCGUUUUGAGUACUUGUCACAUGAUACUAUUAUUUUGUUUUUCAGCUUUCUGCAAAGAAAUUUGUAUUUUUUGUUUAUUUUGACUUAAGACAUUGACUUAAGGCGCAUAUCUAGGAUACAUACUGACAGAUUUUCUGAAUGAGCGCCGAAGGUGCAAGCCUCUAGGGGGUCCAGGGCAUGCUCUUCCUUGGGAAAUGUUUUGGAUUUAAAUUGCUCAAAGUCCCCUUUCCUUGGUUUCUGAGUCAUUCAGACAGGAUAUUGGCCAGUCUUCGACUUGGAAAGUUUUAUUUUUAUUAAAAUAAAUUAUUUUAUUUAUUAAAAUCUGACUGAUUUUCAUAAAACGGUGGAAACUGGUGUGGAUCUGCGCCUGCUGGCUAGAUUUUCAGCCUCCUCACAUGCUGCAUGCUCAUCAUUUUUGUCUUUUCUUCUUAAAGGUGAAGCAUUUUCUACAGCAUACAUUUGGUGUUCCAUAUGCUGAAAAUUACUAUGCAGGAGACUGGAUGUUAGGUCCCGACUUAUUUUGCUGGCAGCCUAUUUGUUCUCUUGCUUGGGAUAUCAAUACCUUUGCUUUUCAUGUAAAACCUAAGACCUAUGAUGAUGUCCAGUUGGUGAUUGACACCAUCAGGAAACACAAGACACCAAUUGACCGUUACAGGUACUCAAUUUAGGUGACACAUUUUUUUACACUUAAGAUCUCACUAUUAAUAAUUAGUAGUGACAGGAGACAAUUAUUGUCUCUGGACAAAGUUUUUAUAUUUUGUUGACAUGUUCUCUACAAUUUUUACUGCUUGAGUUCCACUGUGAAGCAGAGCCGGUGGAAUUCCAGGUUCAUGUAGCUAGUCUAGACUUUCUUAAAGCCUGUUUCCGGUUUCUGCUGGUUAGGUGGUCAGCCGGGAAACGGAUGUUUUCUCGCCUGCAGCGCGCUAUUUUUGACUGGCCAGUUUUCUGGCGAGCGGUGUGACGAGGGUGUUCGGGAUACCCAAUCAGGAAAAACUCUUGAUCUUGUUGCGUUCGUACUCGGGAAACUUGAUCCAAGCGAAUCCUUGGCUUGGCACUCACUUCGCUUUGAAGUGAAGGAAGCGUAGGAAAUGAACGCACACGAAGCGGUUAACUCCGGCCGGUGUAAGGAAACUUAGCUUCAAAGAAAUUAGAGAGAAUCAGAGGACAGUGGUAGAGGGUAGGUUAGUGGUGGAGAUUUUUUUAUGGUUGGGUCGACAGGCUCAGAGAGAAGCCUAACAUUUCACAUCGCCUGCCAUACGGACUUUGCUGUUGAUUUCACCGAGGGAAUAGGUUGAGCAAUGAUGCUAGUUUCCUUGAAUACGAGGGCUUUUCGUUCGCUGCGAAAUUGAUCGUUAGGGUCUUAAAUUUACCUUUUGACCGAUUCGAUGGAGCCACUACCCUGGGUGCCAGAGGAUUUUUCUCGCGUGUGACGAGGAGCUUCGUCGGCCACAGGCCGACACGUCUUCGGCCUUUGGCAGAAGACACGAGCGGGGAAGCCGCUUUUUAAGACUUGACCGAAACCGGAAACCGCGCAUGAAAAGCCUCUGGCACCCAGGGUAUGGAGCCACAUACCAGUCUGCGAACGGACCUCUGCCUGUGCCAGCCUGUCUUUCGACGAGGUAUUAAAAAUUGCUCUCUUAUCCAAAGGACCUUAGUUUUUCACCAUGUUUUUGUUGCUUCUGGCACAGUUUCCACAAAUAACUUCAGUCGAACAGCUUUCCUUUCUAUGCGCAGCUUCGCGCCGACGAGGAUUUCUAAGUUUAGGCGAGCUGGUGACUUAGCGUGGUCCGCAAGAAACCUUCGGUGAAAACUCGAAUUUCAAAGACUUUCUACACUCAAGAUACAAGUUACUUCUUUCGAUUUAGGACAAAGACUGACCCGGGAAACGGUUUUGUUUCUGGGCAGGUCAUAUUUAUUUAUCUCGGUGUUCAGACCAUCUAGUCAUAUGAGAACUGUUCAUCCUUCGGGCUGUCAUACGGCUGUUAAACCAUUUUUUCGCGCCAACAUUAUGAAAAUUAAGCUCAAUCUUCUGCAGACGGAACAGGGCGUCUCUCGACUUACCUCGCUCGCUUCGGGAGCGUCCCUCGCGCCUUCGGCGCUCACGCAGUCAAUUUUGGUAAGCCUAGUAGCUGGUCAAAUGAAUUGGUUUAACUGGUGACACCUUUCAUGAAAAUUGUGCAAACCAAUAGAAAUGUGGUGAUGGUGGAAAACUAUAUAAAUGAGGUGGAGGUGAUUGCUUUAACUGGUUUGCGCCUUUAAUGAAACUUUUGACGAACAGCAGAAAUGUGAUGAUGGUGGUGAAGGGAAAACAAUAGAAAUUUGGUGAUGGUUGUGGUGGUGGUGGUAAAGGCAAGAAGGGGGAGGGGUAAGUAGAGAAUUGUGUUUCGUGGUAGAAAGAGCUAGUUUGCCUUCGCCCUCAUUAAUAUGCAUGAAUUGUGCACCAGGAAUCAGUGAACCGGAACUGGAACAAUUGUCUCCUGUACUUAUAGACAAUGAAAGCCGCAGGAAAUAACGUUAUCACAGCAAGUUAGCCCUUAAUUCUUUGACAACAUGGAUCAACAAAUUACUAUCAAACUCAGAAAACCGUGAACGUUGAAAUAACCCAGAAAUCCUGUCAAAUCAGUUAUGUCAUAAACGUAAAUCUAUUAUUUUGCAAGGUAAAGAGAUUUCACUGUAAAAAAGGGAAAUUUGGUCCCUUCUAUACUACUUGUGACAGUUGUCGUACUCUGCCAUAAGCCCUGCAUGCUGUAUCAGUGGCAUGAAUAUUCACGUGCGCUAAUUCAUUUGCAAAUUAAUCUUGUGUAAAGUUUUGUUCCGGUCCGAUAACAGUCUUAGUUGGCAGACAUUUUCUGAUGACGGACGUUUAUUUGCAGCUUUGAUUAUUGCCAUUUUUAUUCUAUUUCCAGACAAAAUGUUCAACUUGGUGUGAAAUCAGGGAUGAUUCGCACAGAGAUUGACUGCCAGGCCGGUGUAGAUGCCCUGAAAGAGUCUUACAGACAGCUUUCCUUAUCUGGUGAGGCUGCUGGCAUUGUUGCUGAAUGGUUUGCUAAAAGCUAUUUGAAAACCGACUACUUAGCUAAAAUUGCCAGUGGAGUGGAUGACAAGUGGACCAAGGCCCAUAAUGGGGAGAAUGUAAAUGCAUCAAUAGUCAAGGCAUUAGAAGAAGGUAUUGGCCAGCCGCUGUUGGACUUGAUCAACUACCUUGAUAAUGAACACAAAAGUCACUGUCUCCCAAAUGACUUGGCGAGUGGUUUGGCGAACCUGCCUGUGGAUUUCGUGUAUAUUAAUGGCACACCAGAUAUAAACCAACCAACGAACAAGACCCUGCCCACUGGGGAACGACUGAAUGGUACCGAAAGCUACAAGUUGAUUCUUUCCUACUUCACCACAACUGACAUUUCACCUGAGGAAAUUUUUGAUGAAGGCAAGAAGCAACUGAAGUUUUUCUAUGAUCAGGUAAGCCUUUUCUUUAAAAAACUGGAAUAGAUUUGCAGAUAGGUUGGGUAGGUAUAAGGAUGGCGCCACCGUUUUUUGGGGCCUGUUUACCUGGAGAUGGGGGACCCCGGAUAGGAUAAUAUGCGGCGGGUCACCCCACCUAUCAUGUAAACGUGAUGAAAUUAAAAUGAGAGAUUAUGUGGACAGGCGGGUUACCCACCAAAGCGGGUUACCUCACCUACCUUGGGUUCCCCACCUCCAUGUAAACAGGCCCUUAGUUUGAGUAAGCAAGCCAUCUGGGAGCAUUGACCAGCUCCCAGUUGGUCCCAGUCCCAGUGUCGCAGGGGCCAGGGGUCGAAUCCCGGCAGGCCUGAGUUUUUUUUUCAGGCUUUUUUUUCGCAACUGCAUAAGCUGCGUCUUUAACUAGGAUGAUCUUAUUUACAUAUAUUUAUUGCAACUCUCUUUCUUUGUCAAAUGUAGGCGUGAUUACCCUGCGAACAGAGGUUUCUCUCUUGCAUAGCAUUUAGCGUUUACGAAGUCGUUCGCAUCGCCUGUCAGUCGCGUAGUUGGUUUGGUUUACUGGGGGGUAUAAAACAAACCAACUACGCGACUGAUAAGCGAUGCGGACGACUUCCUAAACGCUGAAUGCCAUGCAAGAUGGAAACCUCUGCUCGCAGGGUAAGGCGUGAUACUCGUUUACAGUUUUUUUACUAAUUAAACCUGACGUUCUUGUUUACGUUCUCAUUACCGUUGUCGGAUCUUAAGGGUACCAAGGUCGUCGUAUUUAUUUAAGCUCCCUAAUAAUAAAAGACUCAUACCCAUUUGCUGUUUACAUGAUGGUGUUUUGGGUAGCUUGCAGUGCAGGCGUAUUUUUGGUGGGCGAAACAUUGUUCGUGUUCGUAAUAUUGUUAUAGCCGCCAUCUUUGAUUUUAAGACAGUGGAAGAUUGGGGAGAGUGGAAAUAUUCCUCUUCUCUUCGGAAAGUUUCAACAUGGCGCUUUCGCGAGCAAAAACAUUUGCCCGCCCGAAGAAAACGCCUGCACUGCAGGCUAUGUUUUGGGUUGAGAGAAGAUUGGGGUUAGGUUGAGGUGCGUGGGGUGUCAUGGGAAGGGACGAAGAACAGUAGCUAUAUUUUCUCCUCGCCCCUUCUUACGAGUCCCCGCGCGCCUCAACGUAACUCCAGUGUUCUCCCAUCCCCAAAACACAAAUGGCGACGGAGUAAGAGUCUUACAAUAAUUCGUAAGCUUUGGUUACAGGUUAUAGAUAUUGCCAAGAAGUACACAAACAAAUCGGAUGAGACAGAAGCGGUUCAAGCUUUCCGUAAGAUCUUGGACUCCCGCAGCAUGUGGCAUAAUAAUGGCUCUUUUCCGGUAAAUGAAUCAAACGAAUACGCAUACAAGACGUGUGUUGAUCCUGAAACAGCAGCAAAGUACUGCCCUGUCAGAUGGAAAGCUGUUAACAAGUAGGUGUAGAUUUAUAAUCUUUAAACCACAUGGUAGCCUGCGAGCAAGCCUUUUGUUUGGGGGAUAUGCUUGCGCGUUCCUUCUCGUGGCUCUCUUGUGCGCGCUCUUUCGGUCGCUCGCUUGCGCGUUCUUUCGUGCAACUCGCUCGCCUGUUCUCUCUCGCGGCUUGCUUGCGCGCUCUUUCUUGUAGCUCGCUUCUGCGUUCUCUCGCGUGGCUCGUUUGUGCAUUCUCUCUCGCUGCUCGAAAACGGAAAUGGGAGGCUUGCACGCAUGCGAAUCACCUUCAUGUGUUAAAAUCAACCCAACAGGCCACGGUUAUUGAAACGUUAUUUGAAUAAGUGUCAUCAAUUAGUUGAGGUCCAACCCAUCACCCUUGUAUAUGCCAUUUUAACAGAAAAGCUGCCCCUUUCGUAUGAUCUUCCAUUGGCAAAUGGAAGAUCCUUAGUCUGUCAUAUACCUAAAGCCUAAAAAAGAUACCCUUUUCGGGCGCAGCCUCCCCGUAUAGGCCAUCAUAAGAAGCCACCCCCAGGCUUAGUGGGUCACGUACAAGUUUAUCGGUUCUUGAAACUUUAAAGUGUUACCCUCUCAACGGAAAGAAAUUUUGUUUGUUGUUUGUUUUUUUCUAUUACAUAAAUUUGUUCAAGUUUAAUGUUAUCUUAAUUGUAGAUGGGCACAGUACUGCCGUCAAGUGAUGGGUAUGCUCUAUCCCAAAAUAACAAACGUCUUCUAUUUCACUGGAUCAAAGGUCACUGCUCCCAACUGCCCCAUUGAGAUGCUUCCUCAUUAUAAUCCUUCCAAUGGCGCCCAGUUUUUCAGGAGCUCUGAUGCAGCUUGUUCUUCACCGGCAUACUUUGGACUCCCGUUUUUUCUUAAAGAUUUUGGUCCAAUUUUCCAAGAGUGGUCUGUCACUGGUCACGAAUCCAGGCCAGGCCAUCAUACUCAGGUUCAAGGUAGGCGCCGCGCAUGCCAUUCAGUUUUGAAACUCUCUUUGGGUAUUUCCCACGAAAUCGAAGUCGCGACGAUCGUUACUGCAGAAACGACGAUCUUAGUUAUUAAAGCGACGAUCGCAUAGCCAUUUCGAUCAAAUUUGACAACUUUAGAGUCGUGCGAUGACGGCAAAGAAAUCUGCCAAAAAGUGUGCGACACGUUCAGAGUUUUAAGUUUUAGCUUUUUCGUGUUUUCUCGUUUCCGUCGUCGUUGUUGUGGUUUCUAGAGCUCGCUGUUAACGUCAAUGCCACGCAAAACAAUUCUUGAUCUGCGGCGAUUUCGUUGAAAAAACCGACGAUUUGUUGGAAACGCGCAAUAGGAACGACGUCCGCAGGUAUCCUAAGGUAAGCUUUUUCUCUCAAGGAGUUAGGCUACGCCCAUAGUGAGGUGUUUCGUUUCAAAUUGUCCAUUCGUAAAAGUGGGUCAAAUAGUUUUCACUUGCCAACGGUAGUAAUACAGAAAUGUAAGUUGUACUAACGUAAAAGUCUGUAACCUUGAAAUUGUACGAUAUUAAAAUUAUCACUCGGCUGAAACCCGCUAUUCAGCAGUGCUUUUACUAACUAUUUGCACGAACUAUUUAUUUAGUUCGAAGUUCUAGCUUGUGAGCCUGUGAACGCAAUCUAAUGGUGUGACCAUUCUAAUGAAAUCUCUCCAGCAGUACUUUCACAUAGUACUUCAUUGUAUUUAUUUAGUACGUAGUACUAUCUUUCGAGUCGGUGGACGAAAGCCUUCUGUUUCUGUGACCAUUCUGGUGAAAACUCUUCAGCAGUUGUUUUAGUCUCUUAAAGGUAACUCCUUCCUUUGGUGCUUUUGCAUGGCAGCAUUUGCUUGUCAGUACAUGUAUUAAAGACAUGGAAAUUUUAAUUUUUCUUGCUUUUUGCCUUUGGCACUUUUAUGAGAGAGAGAGAUGACAGUUACAGUGCAAAAUGUGUUUGUUAUAACGAGGGUAUGUUAUAUCGGGCUGUUGUCCCAUGCAUUUUACUAUAGUUGGAGAGAUAAAAAUCAUUCCCUAUGUACUACUACCCCCUGUUGGCCCCGGAUGCAACCCAGAUAUAACAGAUAACAGGAAAUUGUAUUCAUUAAAAUGAGGAUUCGUUACAUCUGGAUAUUACCAUACUGUGGAAUCCUGGUGUUUCGAACCACCUUGGAAAAAGCAAAGUGGUUGGAAUGAUAGUGUUAAACUGGCGAAGGGAAUUUAGGUUUGGUCCCAAUCAUCGAGAAAUCGGGAUUUUUCUGUAUUAAUUUUACUGUAACUGAGACGAGGAUAAUCAUUCGUUGUACCGGGGUAAUACGUUACAUAGUGGGUUUAUGAUAUCGAUUUCCUACUGUAAACCGUUUUGAUAUUUUGCCCGCAGGUCACAUAGAGCAUUUUGCUGACAAGUGUGGUGGUGUUCCCGCCUGGCUAGACAAGAACACAUACUAUACGGCAUUUACCGAGGGAUGGGGUCUGUACAGUGAAAACCCAAUACUAUCUGAUGACACAGAUACUUAUAAAGAUAACCUUCUGCAGAAGUAUGGUAUGCUGAAGUGGCAGGUCAGUCAGUCAGAAGUAAACAGAGACCUUUAGAUUCUAAGAUGUGAACGACUGCGAGAGCGAGAUUUUAGUGAACUUAAACAAAGACGUUUUUGAGUGACGCACAUCAACCGGAAGUGGCCUUUUUACAUUUUUGAGCGGUAUUUUUGCUCAAUUUUUUGGACAAAUCGUCCGUCUAUAAUAAGAAAGAGACUGAGAAAUACAAAUUUAGUAUUGUCAAUUUAUUUAAAAAUAAAAAAUAUCUCACUUCCGGUUGACUUGCGUCGCUUAGAAACGCCUUUGUUUAAGCUCCUAUUUGUCAAUACUAAAUCUUUGUUCACACGGUACCGGACGCGGUUGAAAAUUCGUAGGUUUAGGUGUUGCGUUCACACGGAACCACCUUCACCGUACGAAAAUUUGGACGCUUAGCCGUUCAAAGUUUGUGUGAACAGAGCGAAAAUAUUGAAAGAUCCGGUAUGAACGAAGUGUCCGUUGCCGUUUGAAUGUAGCUUAAGUGGUGCGCGCGUGAACCAGUGUUAUUUUGGCGGGAAAACAUGAUAGCCGUCGUCAUUCUACUACGAGUUUUAGCGGGAAUGUCGUAGUGGCGGGAACAAGUUAUCAAAUGCUAGAAAAGUUUUAUCAUUUUGCGAUCGGGAGAAAGCUGUAACGUCCUUCAAACACAUAACCCUGCUAAUUAUUCUGGUGAAUAAAAGUACAGUGAAGCUUUCCGGGGUGCCUUUUCUGGAAUCUUUCUGUAAAUGGUAAACCAGCUUUUUUAUCACGUGCACAGACUUGGCGUGCUGUACGGCUGAUAGUGGACACAGGAUUGCACUCACGUGGCUUAAACAGGUAAGCUUUAUUUAAGCUUGAAUCGCCGAUUCAGUUUCUUAAAAUCGAGAAGAAUCUUUAACCCUGGCACUCACGCUGUUGAAGAAGGUUGAGAAUCUUUGCGCUAUGCCAGCGGAAGCUGAAGCCUCUAGCAUAUCCUUAAAAAUAAACCGGCAUUCAUGGUCAAGAGUUUGAGCUACUAGCAAAGAGCAUCUAGUUCUUUAGAUUUGGCUUCGAGUAAUAGACGCGCAUUCUUGUGCGGUAGACGUGUUGGGUGUGAAAAAGGAAGAAGUAUACGAUUCUAUCAGUAUUUUAUACUGUCAAGUGCCGCCCUCGAAAAAUAAAGUUGAAAGUACACCACUUUAUGACCCAUGGUCUCAUUGGUGUAAUAAGAAUUGGUGGUGGUGGUGGUGGUGAUGUAACCAGGACGACGGUGACGGCUACGAAAACGUCACUUAAAAAGUGAAUUGAUCGCACUGCUUCAAACUUUGUCGCGCUUAUUCCAUCUCGUCUGAUACGUCAAAUGUUGGCAAAUUUUGUCGAAGUUGAAUACUAAAGGACUGUAUCAAAGUCGAGGAAAAGAUAAAGAAAGUUGUUAUCUUGUGUUCGCUUCCUCGACAAAGUAAAAUUAGGUACUUUCACGUUGUAUUAGUGCAACGACUGCAAAGAAAUGUACAAAGAACGAGAGCGUGAUGCUCGUGCAAAGUUGUUGUUUUGUUAAUCUAAACCAAUUUCCUUUUUGCCGUUCUCGUUGCCGUCGCCGUCGUCGUUGCUUAAGCUCCCUUAUGUUGAUAAUGAUGAUAAUAUCGCAAACCGAUCCUUAGGUGCUCCUUGUUUCCUCGGCAAAAAUGUUAAAGAGAGCUACAACAAGUUGCAAAAGUACUUGAGACACUGUACCGUAUUUUGGCUUAAAUGGCCUGUCCAUGAUCUUGUGCCUGUGAACCCCCCUCCACCCCAAAGUUGCUAGCAAUACAAGACCAUACUCAAAACUUGGAGGAACAACUUUGAAUGGGAGGGAGGAGGGAGGUCAGUAUUAUAUUUUACAGACCUGUCACCAGGAGCGAUUUGAAGCAAGAAAGGUCGUUUUUCCGUGGGAGUGCCUCAUCAUUUUUGCAACUGGUUGUAGCUUGAAGAGGAUGUCAGAGAAGGCUUGUGACUGUGAAGUAGACAACAUAUGGAUGUGCGUAGAUAUUAAUUUCCGAAGACCUAUCUGCACUGUUUCUUUUUUCGAUACCGCUCUUACACGGAAAACAAGCUCAUAGCAAAUUAAUCUUAUAGUAAAAUUGCUAUUUCCGUUAUUUUUACUUAGGACUCAUGCACUGAGUUUAUUUGAGCAGUAUGCUUGGGACACAUCAGACUUUGCAGUUAAAGAGGUAACUCGAUACCAGAGCGACCCAGGACAAGCAACCGCGUACAUGCUAGGGAGACUGGCGUUAAUAGAAUUACGCAACAAGACCAAGAAUGCAUUGAAAGAUAAAUUUAGCCUUCAGGACUUUCAUUACCAGGUGCUAAGCCAAGGUUCCGCCCCACUCUCCUUCCUACAGAGUCAUAUUAAUAGGUACAUCAAAUGCAUGACCGGGGCACUUGGCAAGGAAGAGUGUAGUUACGUGCUGGAGCCAAUCAAAAGUGCUAAGACUGCGAGGGCGCAAUCGUCUACUCGAAAAAUGCCCCCAAAGCCUCCGAGGGUGCAUUAUAUAUAAGAGAAUGAUUUUAGUCUUUUUAUUGUUCAUUAUAGAGAUUUAUUUUUUCACUGUUGUUGAGAAAAAGUUGACUUGUUCGUUAUUUUUUCCUUGAUCCCCCAAAAAAAGAACUGAAUAUUUGUAUUGCCUAAUACUAGUGUAGAGAUUUAUAUUACAAUGAUACCAGAUGUAUGCUUAUUUUGAAUUGAUAACAAUCAUAGACUUUUUAGAAUUUUUGGCAG